UAAUGUUACCCAUUAUUUCAAAUACGAGGGCUUGAAAGAGUCCAAACAAAGUAAAGGGCUCAAACCACUCGUUCCGCAAAGUACAAAGGACAUGCGCGUCAACCAUAUUUUUCCCAUUUUUGAACAUAAAUAUCUGGUAUAUUUUUUUCCAUUUGAACGUAAAUAUCUGAUUGCACAAGUAUCUAAAGAUGCCACAGUCCAAAUGUUCAGCAACCCGUUCUUCGUGCACAACACACAAAACGGAGGACACAAAACCCACAGAUAUGGCAAAUAAGAAGGAAAAACACGACGGCGACGAGCUUCGAAGCUCCGGGAAGAGGCUUAAAUGCACCACAAACGAAUACGAAGAGGAAGAGGAAGUGGAGGAGGUCGUGAGUGAAUUUCCAUUGACGCCGGGGUUUUUCUAUUAUCCGAUGACGCCGACGUCUUUCGUUGUCUCUGAUGCUCUCGAGCCCGAUUUUCCCGUCAUUUAUGUCAACACCGUCUUCGAAAUAUUCACUGGAUACCGUGCUGAUGAGGUCCUUGGACGAAACUGCCGCUUUCUACAAUACAGGGAUCCUCGUGCUCAGAGACGGCACCCAUUGGUCGAUCCUGUCGUUGUCUCUGAGAUCAGAAGAUGUCUUGAGGAAGGUAUUGAGUUUCAAGGUGAGCUUCUUAAUUUUAGGAAGGAUGGUACUCCCUUGGUAAACAGGUUAAGGCUUGCUCCUAUACAUGAUGAUGAUGAAAUUGUGACACACAUAAUUGGCAUUCAAGUGUUUGCUGAAGCAAAAAUAGAUCUGAACCGUGUGUCGUACCCAGUGUUUAAAGAAACUUACAAUCAGAUGUCUGAUGAGUCAAAUAAUUUUGCUCCUGUGAGUGGACAGCCUUUGCGAGCUCAGCAUCAAGAAAUAUGUGGGAUACUUCAACUCUCUGAUGAAGUGUUGGCUCACAAUAUUUUAUCACGUUUGACUCCGAGGGAUGUUGCAUCUAUUGGGUCUGCCUGCAGAAGGAUCCGCCAAUUGACAAAAAAUGAGAAUUUACGGAAAAUGGUAUGUCAAAACUCAUGGGGUAGAGAAGUCACAGGGAAGUUGGAAUUGAUGACCAAGAAACUAGGUUGGGGCCGUCUGGCCAGGGAACUAACUACUCUCGAGGCGGUUUGUUGGAAGAAACUGACUGUUGGAGGAGCAGUGGAACCUUCUCGUUGCAACUUUAGUGCAUGUGCAGCAGAGAAUAGGCUUGUGUUGUUUGGAGGGGAAGGAGUUAACAUGCAGCCAAUGGAUGACACAUAUGUUCUCAAUCUUGAUAUUGCAAAUCCAGAGUGGCAGCGCGUGAGUGUGAAAACAUCACCACCUGGACGCUGGGGCCAUACUCUCUCAUGCUUGAAUGAUUCCUGGUUGGUCGUAUUUGGAGGAUGUGGAAGGCAGGGAUUGCUAAAUGAUGUAUUUGUUCUUGACUUGGAUGCAAAACAGCCGACAUGGAAAGAAGUUUCUGGUGGAACUCCUCCUCUCCCUAGAUCUUGGCAUAGCUCUUGCACAAUAGAAGGUUCUAAGUUGGUUGUUUCUGGUGGAUGCACGGAUGCCGGUGUUCUUCUCAGUGACACAUACUUACUGGACCUAAAUACUGACAAGCCAAUGUGGAGAGAGAUUCCGACUUCAUGGGCUCCUCCAUCUAGAUUGGGGCAUUCACUUUCAGUUUAUGGUCGGACCAAAAUUCUCAUGUUUGGGGGGCUUGCCCAGAGUGGCCACCUGCGUCUGCGCUCUGGUGAGGCCUACACAAUUGAUUUGGAGGAAGAAGAGCCACAAUGGAGACAACUAGCAUGUGGUGCAUUGACUGGCGUUGGCAGCCAGAAUGCGGUGGUUCCUCCCCCUAGACUUGAUCAUGUUGCAGUUAGCAUGCCCUGUGGAAGGAUUAUAAUUUUUGGUGGUUCCAUUGCUGGGUUGCACUCUCCUUCCCAGCUCUUCCUUUUGGAUCCUUCAGAGGAGAAACCGUCAUGGAGGAUUCUCAAUGUUCCCGGACAACCACCUAAGUUUGCCUGGGGUCACAGCACCUGUGUGGUUGGAGGAACUAGGGUCUUGGUGUUGGGUGGGCAUACUGGAGAGGAAUGGAUACUUAAUGAAUUGCAUGAAUUAUGCUUAGCGAGCAGGCAAGACUCAGAUCCAUAACUUAGAAACGAGACAUUCGAUUGUGGAAGUGCAUGAUUUUUGUUCCAAUUAUGUAGAAGAGGGUCUGCUGUGUAGAGGAGGGUCUGCUGUAUGGUUUCUAUUAUGUAAGUUCUUUUCCCAUCUCACAUUGAGGUGCUUUCUAAAUGGUUCUGUGCUGUUAGAUAUGUUUUGUAUUGCUUGAAGAUCCUUACCUGGUUGUCUAUAUUUUGUAAAUUAUUGUAAAAUCAGAGUAAAGUUUGGAUGUCUAUUCAA